CACAAACCAGCUCACUGUGGCAAACACGCACCAAUACCAGAGCGUGAGCCUCGUCCUCUGUAAGCAACGGUGACCCCUACGUACCCAGAAGCCUUGUCUGCCAAGCAAAAUAAAAACCCUACCACUGUUCCUCUCUCUCUCUCUCUCCCAACAAAACCCACUCUUAAUCCCUUCUCUCUUCCAUCAAAACCUGUGAAGCAAAGCAAAGAUGAAGAUAAAGAAGAAAGGUAAAGUAUACCCAUCUCCAUCAUCAUCAUCAUCAUCAUCUUCAUCUUUUUCUUCCUCUUCUGCUGGGACUCAGUGCCCUUCCGAUGGAGAUUUUCUCGCCGUGUUGAAGCUCCUACCGGCGGCGAUUCUGGCUCUAGCCUCUGUGCUCUCCCUGGAAGACCGUGAAGUCCUGGCCUACAUGGUUACAUGGUCGAUGAAACCAACAAAUCCUUCUCCGAUUACCCACAAGAGAAAGCCGCCCCAGAAAAAGUUUUCUCCGAACAACAACACCCACAAGCCGGUGUUCGAUUGUGACUGCUUCGCUUGCUACAUGAGCUACUGGUUGCGGUGGGACUCCUCGCCCAACCGCGAGCUCAUCCACCAGGCCAUCGAGGCCUUCGAGGACCACUUGGCCCACGGCGAGCAGUCAAAGAAGGUCAACGGCCGAGACAAGCGCAGGGAAAAACCCACGAACCGCCGUGUGCCGGAAAAACCCUCCGAUUUCUCGGAGACUCCGGUGUUGCCAGCGGAGACCGAGGAAAGUUCACCUUUUUCUGUGACUUCGCCGGAGAUCGACGCCGUUUCGGUGAGUUCGAGCGACAAGGUUGACGGGGUUCUGGAGGAUAAAGCGUACGAGGUUGUGGUUGAGGAAGGUAAGGAAGAGAAGGAAGAGGAGGCUGAGUCGGUGGUUGGUCGGACAAUGGUGGCGGCGAGCAACGACCACCACCAUAAGGGUUUGGCCAGAAAGGUGCUGCCGGACGUGUUGGGCUUAUUCAAUUCUCGUUUAUGGAGCCUUUGGAGUCCGAAUGUGUAGGUCAAAAAUUCAAUGUCUUUUUUUUUUCUUUAAUUUUUGGGGUUUAAUUUUUAUCUUGGUUCUAAGUUCUCGAGCCCCCAAAAGCAAAUGUUAAGAGAUAAAGAAAGGAGGAAAUAUAUUUUUGGUGGUGGGUUUUAUCUUUUAUUCGUACUCGAAUAUAGAUAUUAUGGUCCUCAAUGAAUCUCUUUUUCUUUUCUUUUU